AUGUAUUGCAUGAAGGAAUUCUUUUAUACGGAAGAGGAAGGAUUGAGUCAUGUACGCUCUCAACAUCACGGCAAGACCGUAACCUUGUUGCGAGAGUACCAUGAUGAUAAGGAAAAACAACUCGAAGAUGCGUUCUGUGCUCUCUUCCUUGCCGUACGAGAAGGACCUAAUUUCACCACUGAACGUGCUGCCGCAAUCGAAAAGGCUGCAUAUAUGCAUCUUCAGAAAUUCAAGCGAAUGCGCAUGAAAGUGCCUGAGUUUGCAACGAGAGCGAAGUCAAUGCGUGAUUUCGCAUCACAAACGUUUGCUUCGAUGUCUUCUCCUCAUACUAUGGUCUCUUCAAUGAAAUUCAUGACGGAACCGAGACAAACAUUCGAGCACUUGCAGCACCAUCUUGAACCUUUGCAUAAUCCUCAGAUAUCGAUGCCUAUGAAAGUUGUGGAAAUGGAGCAUUCCAAUGGACACAAACGAUAUGAUGAAGAAGGCCCUGUUGGUGAAUAUAUUGAAGUAGACUACGUAGACGAAAUAAUAGAUGACGGAGAAGGCCAAGUGCGUGACGAUCGUGAAGUUGUAGUGGAGCGCUUAGGUCAUGCCGGUGAUCAUCAUGGCAUGGAACAUGAGUACUGA